AUGGAAAAAAGUAAGAAAACAGCCUCCGCCGAUGAGCUGUUAAGAAGGAUACAAGAGCUCGAAGAACGCCAUAAUCUCUUGGAACAACAAAUAUCCAAACUCCGCAGGCUCUCUGAUAACCAGCCGAAACCUAGCCCUUCCUCAGCAUGUCCCAAUCAGUCUCGCCAACUAGCCAUUGGAGGAGUCGUUGUAGAGCCUUAUUUUGCUAUGAAGCUAAACGAAAAUCAGUAUUUAAAUAUUUUGGAGUCAAUGGGUCAGUCUGUAUUUAUAUAUGAUGUCUAUCAUCGGAUAAUCUUUUGGAACCGAGGUGCAGAAAGUAUUUAUGGUUAUACAGCUGGUGAAGUUAUGGGGAGGACUCCAACAGAGCUUUUAGCAGAACCUAAAGACGCUGCAUUUUCAGAUUUUAUCCUAAAACGAACAGUGAAUGGCGAAAGUUGGUUUGGAGAGUUUCCUAUAAAGAAUAAGGCCGGAGAAAACUUUGUAGUUAUUUGUGCCAAUACUCCAUAUCGUGAUGAACAUAGAAGACUAAUCGGGGCUAUGUGUUUAUCCAGUGAUUCACGUCCGUAUCAAGUAAUGAAGGUUGGAGAGCUGAGUGUUAGUGUGCCUCAGCAGCCUCUGCAGACUUCAAUUAUCUCGAAGAUAUCCAAUUUGGCUUUAAAGGUGAAAUCAAAAAUGAAGACAGGGGAGAACUACCGGAAUUUUGAUGUUGCCGCCUCUGAUAAUUCAGAUGAUUCACUUCAAAGUGAAGGAAGCACCCCACGGGGACAUAUUGCUCCAUCUCCAUUCGGAGUAUUUUUUUCAAUGGAUACACUAGAAGAGUCUUAUAGCAGAAAGCCGGUGAUAAAUCCUGUUGUAGAAAGUGAAAACAAACCUGGGAUCCGGAAGCAGGUUCUAUCUCCAAAGCAAGAGGAUUGGAUGGGUAAAAAAGGAAUGGUUAUUCCAUGGAAAGCAAACGAAAGAAAUGAUCAGCCUGUUGAUGCUAAACUUGGUCAUGUUGGAUGGCAUCGGAAUAACGUUCAUCAAGGACACGAACCUGGUCCACAAAGUAGCUCUUCCAAGCUAGACUGCCAGUUGUGCGUAAGUAAUGGUAAUAAGAUCGAGGCUUCAGGUUUGUGGUUAUCUUCAAUACAUGUAAGUAGUACAAGUAGCACGAGUAGUGGCAGGUGCAUCAAAGAUGUUAAUGAUAUCAAAGUCAACGGGAAGACAGACAGCCUGGAUUAUGAAAUCCAGUGGGAAGAGUUAAUAACCAAAAAACAAAUUGGGCAAGGUUCGUGUGGGACUGUAUAUCACGGACUGUGGUAUGGAUCGGAUGUUGCAGUCAAGCUCUUUGCAUAUCAAGAGUUUUCAGAUUCUGUGAUAGUAUCAUUUAAAAUGGAGGUUUCUCUCAUGAAACGGCUUCGUCAUCCAAAUAUUUUGCUUUUCAUGGGUGCUGUAACUUCACCUCAACGUCUAUGCAUUGUCACAGAGUUCCUUCCACGUGGAAGUUUGUUUCAGAUACUUAACAGAAAUACAACCCAAUUGGAUUGGAGACGACGUCUUCAUAUGGCCAUGGAUAUUGCACGAGGCAUGAAUUAUCUUCAUAAUCACACCCCACCUAUUGUUCAUCGUGAUUUGAAAUCUUCAAAUCUUCUUGUCGACAGGAACUGGACUGUGAAGGUUGGUGACUUUGGCCUCUCCCGUCUCAAGUAUGAAACGUACCUGAAAACAAAGUCAGGGAAAGGAACGCCUCAAUGGAUGGCUCCAGAAGUUAUGCGUGGCGAGGAUGCAAAUGAAAGGUCGGAUGUGUAUAGCUUUGGAGUGGUAUUAUGGGAAAUCAUCACAGGGAAGGUCCCCUGGGAUGAUCUUAACCCAAUACAGGUUAUUGCAGCUGUAGGAUUCAUGAAUAAAAGACUAGAAAUUCCUAAAGAUGUCGAUCCGUUAUGGGCUUCACUUAUUGAAUGUUGUUGGCACAGCGAGCCACAAUCACGACCAACAUUCCAAGAAAUACUAUGUAAACUUAAAGAUUUGCAAAAGAAUUACGCAGUUGAACGCAGGAGAUAGCAGCCAUAAAUGAGCAGCAAAACAAAUUAACGUACGUGUGCCUGAUCUGUUCCAUCACUAUUAUAGUAAACAGAUUUAACGUAUAUUUUAAUUUGGUUGCAGAUCGAUAAUGGUUAUCGAUUUACUUUACAGUAGUAUAUUUUGAGUUACAUAUAUGGUCGAUUUUCGUUACAUUUUUAUAAAUACUUAAUUAUC